UUCACUUUAAGCACCUGCCCCUCGAAGGGUCUCUGCACGGCCCUGGCUGGACUAUAUAAACCAAACAUUGGGGCUUUGCAUUAUAGUCGGCGGUAACAGUACGCCAUAAAACAGGCAUUACAUCCAAAUCAGAAAAGCACAACAGAGCACCAGGAUGAUCAGUUCUGGAAAGGUGAUCAAGUUGUUCUAUGAUAUUUCCUCUCCUUACUCCUGGCUGGCAUUUGAGGUGCUGUGUCGUUAUAAAAAUGUUUGGAACAUGGAACUCAAGUUGAAACCGGCAUAUUUAGCAGGCGUCAUAGAUGGCUCAGGGAACCAGCCCCCUGGAUUAAACACUAAUAAGCUCAUGUACAUGACUUCAGAUCUGAUGCUGCUGUCCCAGUACUUUGGGGUUCCAAUGUAUCAAACUUCAAAACUUAGCAAAAAAGACUCUGUGAUUCCGAUGCGUUUUGUGACCGCGGUGGCAGAGAAGGAUAAAGAUGGUGGUGAUCUGGUGGAGAAGGUUUCUAGAGAGCUCUGGAAACGAAUGUGGAGGACUCAUCAGGACAUAGUCCAGCCUGCUUCACUCACUGAGGUAGGAAUAAAGGCUGGUUUCUCAGCUAUUGAGGUGGAAGACAUUCUGACCCUUGCUAAAUCUCAGCAAAUCAAAGACAAGCUGAGAAGUAUCACAAAUGAAGCCCUGGAGUAUAAAUGCUUUGGUUUACCAUUCAUUGUGUGUCAGGUUGACGGGAAGGCUAAGGUUUUCUUUGGUUCAGACAGAUUUGAGCUUAUGGCAUAUUUUCUUGGGGAGAAGUGGUUGGGGCCUCACCCUACCAAGUCCACAGUGUAACGCUGCACCUCCAAACUGUAUAUUUUAAGCAACCUCUAAAUAAACAUAUUCAAAUUCAUAUGCCAUUAAGUUGACGAUUUCUAUUCCAAAUCAUUAACACAGUGUAUUUCAUGCACAUUAAGUCAAGAGUCAUGCCUGUUUGUCUAAACCUACUAGAGAAAAUUGGUUUCAUAAAAAAAAAGUUUUUUGAAAUGACACAUUGUCAAUUGUACAAUUGUAAUCCUCUCUGAUAGCUAAAUAGUGUGUUUAGCUGCUCUUUAUUAACAUAGGGAUGUUAAGAGAGUGUAGAGCAGGGAUCCCCAAACCACAGCCCGUUGGCCAUAUAUGGCCCACCCCCACAUUAGGACCGACCCUGCUAACUAUGCCGGAGACAUUUAAAAAUAUAUACUUUUAAUAUGUUUUACUCAUAUCAUAUAUCAAAUAUUUUACAGUGUUUUUGUAUAAGAAGAUUUUGUGUUAAAUACAAAAUAAAGAAUAAAUAAUUUCCCUAAAAUUGUUGACCGCUGUGUGCUGACACGGUAACAGGUGUUCAGAAAUUUUCUGUGACUAAGAUAUUCGGUGAUGAUAGGUGGGGUAUACGUGAAUAUUCAUGAGUUUUUUGCCUGAGUGUUCCUAAAAAAUUCUGUGAGUUUACAGAAAAUUUUCAACAAGGUAAUUGAUUUUUUAACAAUAUACGAUGUUAAGUUUCGUAAAAAAUAAUUUGUCAUACAGAAAAUGUUAGAAAUUGUGUCAUUGUGGUACGUUUAAUUAAAUAUUUUAUUGAGUAAUGAGAUCAUUCUUCUCGGAUCAGCUUUUUAAAAAGGUAAAUAUGUUUCAGGGAACGAUAAAUGAAAAUUCACAUUUUCUUGAGUCUAUGUAAUAGCUUUGUCAAAAUGUAUCAGUUUUGCCAAUAAAGUUUAUGGGGAGUUUA